AAAUUUUAUAAAAUAACAUCGUAUUUUAUUUUCUAAAACUCAUUUUGUUGUUUUCGAGCAUUCCACUUGUAUUAAGGGAAAUACAAUAGAAUAAAGUGUUAAUGAUUACAACAGUUACUUAAAAAAGUAUAUAUAACUGACAACAUUAACGUAUAAAUUAAAGUCACAUUCGACAAAGAUUAUCAUUGAUCAAUCAUGAUUAGACUAACAAUCAUCUGUCUUGUAAUCGCACUGUCCAAUGGCGCACAUGUGAAAUUGAAUAACACGGAUUUAGAGGAAUUAAGAAUAUCUGUCUCAGAGUCAAAGGAAUAUUUGAAAAAUCUAUCUGUGAAUGAAGACUCGGCAGUUUUCUUCGGCAAUGAUAAAGCCGGAAAAAGUACACUAAUUAAUUAUUUAAUCGGCACUCAAUUGAAGGGUGUAAAAGAACUCUAUAAUCGUACAAGAAUAGUAAAAGCUAACAGUAACUCCAGCGGACCGGAAAUUAAUGCUAAGUCUACAUUAAACAUUAGAAAACCAACAAAGUGGAUUUCAAAAAAAUUACCCAAUUUGACUCUCUGGGAGACUACUCCAUGUAUCAUUAAAGAUCUAGAUAAAGUAAAAUUCAUCACUAAUGAGAUUUAUAUCCAUCAAUUAGUAAAAUCUGUUAAAUCUCUAAAAAUUAUUUUAGUUGUCGACUUCACAGAUAUUAAAGAUUCUGAUGACAUUAAUCUGUUUACAACACUUAUAGAUUAUGUUGCAAAUAUUUUUGGAAAUAGAUUUGAAGAAUAUUUUCCCGCUGUAUCUGUAAUUUUCACAAAAGUACCUGAAUAUGUUCAAGAAACUCGAGUUAAUUACGAAACUAUAAAAGUUACUUUAGAAAGCUAUUUAGAACUCAAUAAAGCGCAAAAUUCAGAAGUUUCGAUAAAUUUUAUACGGUAUUUAUUAGAUAAUGAAGAUCGAAUUGCACUCUUCAAGAGAUUAAAUGAUGAAGGUAAUGUUACUUCCAAAAUCAAUGUUAAUAUUUUUCCGACAAUUAAUAACAGUAGAAGCAUAAAGGAAAAUUGUCUCCAGGAAAUACGUUUGAGUAAUGCAGCUUCAAACGUAGCGCUAUUUGAUUCUUCGACAAUAAAAGAAAUUCUGUUGGAGGAAGACAAAAAAAACAAGAGUUAAAAAGUUGAAAAAUACGAUUUUCAAAAUAUUCCAUAUGUACUACUUGCUUUUUUUAUCGAAUUCGAGUGAUUGCAAAAUAAUAAAAUA